AUGUCAUCAUAUUCUAUUAUUAUUAUUAUUUAUUGUUUUAUGUAUUCUGUUAUAUCUUUAUCGAAUAAUCAAACAAAAAUUACUAAUUCAUUGAAUAUUAAUCUAGACUAUGGAGAAAAUGAUACAAUAAUAUUAUGGUAUAAUCUAACAACAAAUUAUUCAUAUUUUAUUACAUUUCGUGAAUUUGGAGAUGAACAAUUAAAAUUUGGUUUAUUUUUAUCGACAAAUAAUAAAUCAGAAGAACAUUCUAUUGAAAUUUUUCAUCAAAAUUUUACACUAAAUAUACGUCAUUUAUUUAUUAUUUGUUUUCAUUUUAUUUUACAAGUGAAUAAUCUCAAUAUUCAAUGUAAAGAUAUACGUUUAUUUAAAAAAGAUGAAAUAGAUCCUGAUUUACCAGAAGUUUUUCUCCCGUCUUAUAAUCCAUUAUUUGUACCGAUGAUGUAUGCAUUAAGUGUUAUAAUGCUUUUACCUGUUAUUAUUCAGAAUCAUCGUCGGAAAAAAGCUCUUACUUUACAAAGACGAACGACAUUACGACGUUUAUCAAUACAAAUAGCACAAGAUGAUCAAAAUCCCCAACAGAAUAUCGUAAAACAAAUGUUAUCUCGUAUUGCUGAAAAUGGAGAUCUUACUUAUGAAAAUAUCCCCAUGGAAAUGAAACUUGUUUCUGAUUCGUCAACAAAACUAACUCUCGAUGAUAUGAAUGAUAAUAAUGUAACAUUUACAUUAGAAAAUCUUCAACCGUUUGCAUAUGACUAUGAUGAUAAUGAUACUAAUGAACAAUUGGAUGUGAAUGCUGAUGAUUGUAUUGCACAUCUUUUAGAUAAUACACCAUGGAAUACACCAAAUAGUGAUCAACCACUUACUCCUAGUUUAUCUCGUCAUCCACUUAUUCGAGAUAAUGCAACAGCAAUAAAAGAACAACAUGUUCCAACAACAAUUCCAUUUCAUGAUGAUGAUGAUGACGAUCUAAAACCAAUAUUAAUAACAAAUAAACAUCCAAAAAGAAGUUUAUAUAAAAAAAAUCAAGUCUUUUUUGAAACUGAUGUAUAA